AAAGGGCUUUUAUAUUGGUAAAAUACAUGUAAUUUCUUUACCAAAAAUGGAUCACAUAGUGCCUAUUGAUUGUCCAAGACUAACUGCAAUAUCUUAAAAUGCUGACACGAAGAAGAAAAACUGUUUUAGGAUUGUAAUAUGCUUGGAUUAGAGAACACUGAAAAGAGCCAAUCGGAAGGGAGGUGGGCAGUCUGCCGUACACAUAGCUCUACCUGCCGCGGCGUCGGACCAGUGAAAAGAAUUCUGCAGAGAGGGGAGAACUAGCACCUGAAAAUUCAAAGCCUCCCGAGUCAUGCUUUUGCUUGGAAUCUUACCUCUACUUUUGUUGCAAGCACUGCCUGUGAAAACUGAUUUUCAAGAUGAAACCAUUACAGAGUUUUCUGUGAACCUGUACCACCAACUGCAGUCUGCAGGAAAUGAAGAAAAUAUUAUCUAUUCCCCGCUAAGCAUUGCGGUGGCUCUGGGAAUGGUUGAGCUUGGGGCCCGGGGUUCAACUUUAAAAGAAAUAAGACAAGUAAUGGGCUAUGGCCACUUGAAGGGCGGGGAUGAGUUCCUUUUGCUGAAGAAUCUCACUCAGUCCUUGAUGGUAGAUGAAAGUCCGUAUGUGGUUAAACUGGCCAACUCGCUCUUUCUACAAAACGGUGUCCACUUUAAUGAAAACUUCGUGCACAUGAUGAAGAAAUACUUCCAUGCAGAAAUUGAAACUGUGGAUUUCAGUCAGUCUGCUGCUGUGGCUGAUCAUAUAAACAAGUGGGUGGAAAAUCAAACGGAGAACAAAAUCCAUGAUCUUGUAUCGGCCGAUGACUUCAGCAGCGUCUCUCGGCUGGCCCUUAUCAAUGCCAUCUAUUUUCGAGGAAACUGGAAGAACCAGUUCCGCCCAGAGCACACACGCACCUUCUCCUUCACUAAAGAUGAUGGGAACGAAGUGCAGACUCUCAUGAUGUACCAACAGGGAGAUUUUUACUAUGGUGAGUUCAGCGAUGGUACUUCAGAAGCUGGUGGGGUUUAUCAAGUGUUGGAGAUACCAUAUGAAGGAGAGGAGAUGAGUAUGAUGAUCGUUCUACCCAGGCAAGAAGUGCCUUUAGCGACACUGGAGCCCAUAAUUAAAGCCCAACUCAUUGAGGAAUGGGCAAGUGCUGUGAAAAAGCAAAAGGUGGAGGUGUACUUGCCAAGGUUCAAAAUAGAACAGAAGAUUGAUUUAAAAGAAAGUUUGCAGGAUCUUGGUGUAAAGAAAAUGUUUACGAAAGAGGCAGAUCUUUCUGCUAUGACUGAUGGAAAGGAUCUCUUCAUUGGAAAAGCAGUUCAAAAGGCUUAUCUCGAAGUAACUGAAGAAGGGGCAGAAGCUGCCGCUGCUUCAGGGAUGAUUGCACUUACAAGGACAUUAAUACUGUAUCCACAAGUAAUGGCAGACCACCCAUUCUUCUUCGUCGUAAGAAACAGAAAGACAGGCACCAUCCUUUUCAUGGGAAGGGUUAUGAGCCCUGAGGUGAUUGAUGCAAAUGUUCACGACUUUGACACUCUAUAAUUGACCUGUACGUGUCAAAGUGUGGCAUUCGGUUUGUAAGUCACUGCUCCGUUGUAUAACAUAAUUUAAGACCAGUGUUUUAAUAUUACAGCUUUAGCCAUUAAGAGUGGUUAUCGUACUGCAUUGCUGUUGAAAUAUAUAGCAGAAAUUGAAUGUUGUGUGUUUUUUUUUUUUUUCCCAUAUACUUAUAAAGGCUUCUUCCAUAAUUCAUUUUAUGUGGCCUUAUGCUCUGCUUUGGUAAAACAAGUGUGGUUUUGAUGAACAUAUAAAAUCAUAACAUGUUUACUAUUAGCUAUUGUAUUCUAUAUUAAAAAAAAACAGUAGAUAUUUAUUGCCAAGCGAUGUGUGCAGUAUUGUAAUUUCUUGAGAAAUAAAAGAAAUUUAGCAGAAAUGUGUUACUCUGUUUUAAGUAAUUUACUAAUGGUUCAGUUAUGAUUUUGUUAAUGUGCAUGUGUACACAAGGCUGAAGUGUCAUGAAUUAUUUAAACAUCUGGGCUGCAUAUUUUUGACAUGGAAAUGGUUAGACUCUAGUUACGAUGUACAGAACAGAAUGCAAAUGUGUACAGCUAUUUAAAGAAAUAAAAUGUCUUAAGGUUCAUGAAA